GAUCCUAUUGUUCGAGUUAUGUUGAGGGACAUUAUGAUGUUCAUAACACGAUAGCAGCGCUAAUCCGAAGUAGAGAUCCCUUUCAUCUUUGCAUAGAUUGGACAAAUAGCAGCAGAGGCCUUGGCAGGCAUCGAGAUUGCAUUCGUCUGCAGGAGAACUCCUGAGUGGUUUUAUAUGCAGCUAAAGCUGCAGUCAGGGGGAAAAUAUACGCGAGAAUUGCAAUGUUGGAUCUGAGGAGCCUCGAAAAAUUACGCCCAUGCGGCAGACUGGAGACGUUUAGUACAACACGACACCACCUGGGCUUCUACAAAAAUGUAGGUUUCACUGCAGAAUACGGAACUCAAGGAAAUUUGGAAAUGCCACUCGAAAGCCAGGUCUACAUCGCGCUACGCCAUGUCAUUGCUCAGCACCCGGCUCUAAGCGCCAUUGCUCUCAACGAAGACCAAUCCUACCCAGACGUAUACUUCGCACGGUUACCCGAAAUCGAUCUUCGCACUUGUACAGAAUUUCACAAUCGCAAGUGCCCAUUCCCUGAAGAUGGAGAGGCCGACGAUGAGCUUGACGAACUGCUAGCACAACAGCACAGCCGCGACUUCAAGGAAAACCUGGGAAGUAGGCCUUUUUGGCGUUUGCUCGUGACGAGAUUGUCACCCGAUACAUGUAGAUUCACUGCGACAUGGACGUGGCAUCACGCAUUAGCAGACGGCACCUCAGCACUUCUGUUCCACGAGUCUUUUCUUGCAGGUCUGAACUCUAUUCAAAUGACGAUUAGCAUGGAUCCGGUUAUCAUAACGCCCCAGCAAGCCCUACUGCCACCAUUUGAGGAACUACAUCCCAUGCCAAUAUCGUGGUAUUUCUUCAGCAAGACCAUCCUGAAUACUCUGCUGGCCCCGAUUUAUGCCAUCGCCUCUGAAAAACUGUGGACAGGCAAUCCGGUCCCAGAGGAUGUCACAACACUUCUUAAGCCACGAUUUCUCACGGUUGUACUAUCUAAGGCAAAUACAAGUAUACUAGUUCAAGUAUGCCGGGAAGAGAAGACCAGUGUGACAGCGACCUUGCAAUGUCUUCUAGCCGCUUCGCUCUUCGCCAACCUCCCAGCUGAAGAAUGUAAGAGACUAAGAAUUGAUGGCCCGAUAUCAGCUAGAAGGUUUCUCAACAUUGGAAAGAAACAAAUGACAUCUGCAAUCACGCAAUACGAAUUCUUCCACGAUCGACCUACUUCGACUGGCGGUCCCGCAACCGAUAUCCUCCAAAACUUCUCCUGGGAAACGUCCAGAGCUGUCAAGUCCACCAUUGCUGCCGAAGUAGCGAAAUCCGGAACUGAUAACCCGGUUGCGCUUCUCAAAUACGUCUCUUCCAUGCCGCAGUUUCUCCUUGGCAUGUUAGGCAAGCCGCGCAAGCCCACUGCGGAGUUGUCCAAUGUAGGGAUUUGGCCGAACACGAAGGACGAGAAGAGUAUAUGGAGUGUUGGUAGGAUGGUUUUCAGUCAGUCUCCUAAUGUGGUGGCGAGCGCGUUUGCGCUUAGUGUUGUGACUGGUGGUGAUGGGAAUGCAACGCUCAACUUUUCUUGGCCAGAGGGUGCUGUGGAAGAUGGGCUUAUGCAGGAAGUGGCUAAUUGUGUGAGAGAUAGUGUUGAGAGGCUGGUCAAUCGGGAUGGUUGAUUCUAAUUGCGAUAUUGUGUAUAUUUUGCUCUUUAUCAAUAUUCACGAUCCGAUCCCACUAGAAGAUGCGGUGAGACAAUGUGCGAUGUGCGGACUAGACAGGUGAUCUGGUUUUGCGAGGUUGUCUGUUUUCAACUGUCGAGAACAUUCUCAGAUUGCUAAGUCGGGUAGGCAUAGGAUACAGAAAUAUUGCAAGUAGUUAUUUUCCUUGAAACGGUCAUGUAGAUAGUAUUU